AUGCCAGCGGUGUUCAACACUCAAGAUGAGGAUCUGCACAAAAGACUCCGGAACCCAAUUGCUUCGCUAUAUUCCAUGACGAACGUGGUAAAAUUCGAACCAUUGGUCGAUCAAACCCUCGCGGUGCUCUUGAAACAGCUCGACGGCCGGUACCUGGGCAGCAGUGUGCCGUUUGAUCUCGGAAACUGGCUGCAGUAUUUUGCGUUUGACUCGAUGGGUACAUUGUCGUUCUCUCGACGAUACGGGUUCCUGGAACAAGGCCGCGAUGUCCAUGGGAUUCUGGGCGAGAUCUGGACAUUUAUGAAGACAGUUGCCCCGAUGGGCCAAAUUCCGUGGUUCGACGAGCUUUGGAACAAGAAUGCCUUGAUCACCUUGUUCAAGCGGCCGACGGGGUUUGGGGUGUUGAAGGUCGUCGACACGUUUAUUUCUCAGCGCAUGGCCCGUCGUCAAGAGGACGAUAGUUUGAAAGAGAAGGAUAUGCUCUCCCAAUUUCUCAAUAUACAGGUUUUAAACCCUGAUGUUCUGCCCUGGUAA